AUGUACCGUCUGCCGGACGGGCAGCGGGGAGCAUUGCGUCAGACCAGCCUGGCGCUGGCCCGCGAGGCCUCGCGGGACGACGGCCGGUCGAGCGACACAGGGUCCAGCACACACCUGAAUCCGUUCAAGGGCAUCAAGCGGCUGUACAACGGGUUCCGCAAGCACAAGUCCUCAGCGCGCUCGCACUCGCCGGCCCCCUCGGACGACGGGCGCCUGCGGAAGUUCUACUCGCUGCCUUUGUACGCGAGCGACAACACAAAUCAGAACAGCAAGUCGUACUCGUCCGAGAAGCGGCGCACCAGCGACGACGGCGUGGUGGAGGGCUCGAGUAAGGGUGCCAGCGCCUACCCGUCGCCGCCGCUGUCGCCGACGAAGCCCCGCAAACGUGUGCACUUCAACUCGAGCACCCCCGAGGUCUCGCAUACAUACUCGGCCGAGGAGUACGACCGCCGCGUGGUGGAUCCCUGGGAGCUGAUGACGAGGGAGAGCCGCGCCGAGAUGCGCAACGAGAUGGUGAACUACACUCGCAACGAGAUGCAGCUCAACGACGUCUACAACACAAACGAUUCGACGUAUUGCACGCUAUGCUGGCGCAAGCACUGCCACUGCCGCGCACUGUCCAAGGAUAUCUGGAAGCGCGCAAAGUCCACCUCGAUGGUUCGCGCUGGCGCUUAA